CCGCCGCCGGCACACCACCUCCACAAGUCGUCCGACGUCCUCCCUGGGGCGCGCGGCGCCCAGCAGCAGCACCAGGACGCGCCCCCCGACUACUCGGCGGACGUGACGGAGAGCCCCGACGCGUGGAAGGGCAAGAACGAGCGCGCGUUCGGCGCGGGGACGGACACGCGCAACGUGAUGGCGGGUGGGCAGUUCGACCGCAUCGAGGAGGACGACGACGGCGGCGGCGGGGAGCGGCCGCUGGGCGUGCAGCCCACCGCGCAGGGCGGCGUCGCUGUGGGCGGACGCUCGGAUCUGCCCGAGACGCACGCGUCGAUGACGGACAAGCUCAUUGGCAAGACGCAGAAGGUUACCGGGAAGAUCACGCGCAACCCGGAGAUGCACGAGAAGGGCGAGCUGCGCGAGGCGGGCGGCAAGGCUGCUGUUCAGGGCGAGGCUCGUGCACCUCAUGACUAG